GGAAAGUUAUUUUACAGUUUGUACUUUCGAUUUCAAGUUAUUCAUUUGUGUUGACUGUUGACUAGAAAGAUUGUAUAGGGCAUUUAAAUCUGCAUACUGCGGGAUAUGAUACAUACCACUAAUAGUUUAUGAUAAAAGAGGAAUCAUGGCGGACUUUCUUAAACAGACGCACGAACUUUUGUUAACUAGUCAGGCAGAAGUGGUGAAGGUGGUCAAUGAAUUUGUUUUAGAGAUCUCUAAAAAGUACAAGACAUACAUUCCAAACUCAAAGACAGACAAGAAGCAGAAAGCUUUCCAUGAAGUGAAGACUUGGAUGGAUGAUGCUAUGAAGAAACUAAAUUUUGUUAUCGACUAUCUGAGCGGUCCAGACUCGGAUAAACUUAUUGAUAAAGUUGUCAACACGUCAGUCUCAUUGUCCAGUGCAGAUUCAGAUCGUAUACGUCAACUAAUGACUCGCUUCGACGUCAUGGAGAAAGCAAUGUGUGGUUACCAGAAUGAUAAUGCUGACGUCCGGGAAACUCAAACCAAGAUGGAUGACAAACUAAAGUCCAUGUCCGAGUUGAUGCAGAAGACUAUAGAUAGAACAGACCUGAAGCAGAUGUCUCUGGAAAAGCGAGUGGCUCAGCUGUCCGAGACUCUGGACAAGGAAAAAGACAACCUCAGCAAACGUUUGACAACACAUCAAAAUGAGACAAAGGAUUUUAUAAAAAAGGAAAUGUUAGGUAACAUGAAAAGAGACGAAACAAUUCAAACCAUUGAGAAAAAAACGAUAGAAUUGUCAGCGGCGUUGAUCGAGACCUACAACAGCACAGCGGCCUGCGUUAACGACAUUAAUGCUCAUAUUGGCUCUCUGUCUAACCAUCUGAGUGAGCACAAGCAGGCGCUAAAUGAUCUGGCGACCAGGUGUGACAACAGCCAAGAGACUGAGAACCUUCUGAAUCAACAGAUUGAUAACCAUGGUGUCAGACUCGGAGACGCGGAAAGAAAGUUGCAGUCUGCUGACUUAGAGCUGAAGAGGGAAUCCAAGAAAGUGGACGCCAACUUUAAGGACAUUCACACUCUGAGCGGCAAACUUGAGAAACUGAAUGCAGGCGUGGGCGAUGUUAGAGAUAAACAAAAUGGCGUCAUCAAGACACUUCAGUCCGAACAGAAAAAACUGGAAAGUCUCAAAGAAGACUGGGACAAUGUUAAAAAAGAGGUACAAUCCCUACCUCGAAAGUGUGCCGACCAGAUGUUGCAAAGGACUGCGGUCGGCUUCACAGCGUGCCCACCUGGACUUUCCUCAGUCGACUUACAGGAGAACUCCAGAAUCACGAAGUUCACGGCCGUCGCCCACAACGCGGAGGGCUACUACGACCCCUCCACUGGUUACUUCACUGCCCCGACGACGGGCCUGUAUUUGGUUAGUGUCACGCUGUGCAGCUUAAAUCCCGGCCGUAUCAACGUCAACGUGAAACAUCGUCCCGUGAACCCGGGACGCGCUGACCGUAAGGUCAAGUCUGUGUGCCGCGUGUCCACCACGGCUGAGGACAACAGCGCCACCAGCGUCGGAGUGAUCAGGAUGGAGGUGGGAGACUCUCUAUACAUGGUGGCCGUCAACGCCUCUGACGACGCCGUACUUUCAUGUUAUUCCAGUUUCUCCUGUUUUUUACUAUGUUAAUGUUUAUGCCUCCUCUAUAUAAUGAUAUACUCAUAGCCUGCACGUAAGUUCCUUUAUUCAGCUUGCUAAUUCAUGGGAACUGGGUGGAAAAACCUGGACUCGGAUCUC